AUGGAAUCAACAUCGGCAGCCUCCACCAGUGCAGGCUUUACAGCAAUUCAUAGUGAUCUUGCAGGUAGAGUUUAUUCUGGAGUCCCGCAUGGAGACGGCGGCCACGAAAUUGCAUGGCCGUCAAGUCAGAUGAGAGCAGAGCAACAGCUGGAACAGCCAGAAGACGGAUUUGAAGUUACUCUGGAUGCCGUGGCAAAGUCUGAGUCUGCUGCAGCUGCGCGGGCAGGCAGCGACGGAAGCGCGGAACCGUCUUACCCUGGGAACAUUCAUCUGCACCCUUUCGUGCGGCUUCCUGAGGUAAACCCAAAAGAUAUCCACGGAGUUUUCCGAAAGGAGUUUGCAUUGGCGCCCUACUUUGGUAGGUUUAGCCCAAUGGACUCAUACAUGACACUGCGCCGUUUAUUUGCGAAGGCUUCGCUGACGGCUAAAGACAUAGGAACCCUGAUAAAGGAAGCUGAAAUACUGGCAAACUAUGCAACAGAAAGACUGGCAAGCCCAUGUAGUAAAUGUACAGCCAGCUACCUGGUGAGGAAGCUGUCAUCUCUGUUAAUGGUAUUUGACCACUUGGUUUGCGCACUUGAACUCCUGGGGGAUAAGAUGGAUGCCCAGAGCUGGUGGGCUGAGUUUGUGCGGAAGUUCCACACAGAUUAUCACCUUCCCGAAGCAGGAAGGACGCGAAGAGCACGUUUCCUGAGCCGGCUGGUCAAUCGACUGAGUUCUGCCCUGUCAGUAUAUAAGGAAGGAAGACGCCCGGCACUUGGCGAAGUAAUCGAUCUGAAGAGGGCCAUCAUUGCCGAGGCGAACGCGGAGGGGCAGUUGACGAACCCUCUGUGGGAGCUGUGGAUGGAUGAUGACAAGGCAUUCUUCUCUUCUAGUAGUGAUUCUGAACGUCCCUCUGAUGUUUAG